AUGGAUUUUUUGAAAGAAAAAAUUUCUAAACAAUUUAGUGAAUACAAAGAUACAUAUUUUAAUAUUUUUGGAUCAUAUUACAGAGAAGGUGAUUAUUUAUACACUCAUGAUGAUUGUGUAGCUGGAAGAGAAAUUGCUUUUAUUUUAUAUUUAAAUGAUUGUAAAAGCGGUAAUUUAGUUAUUUAUGAGAAUGAUUGUAAAACAGUUCAUUUAAAAAUUAAACCAAAACGUAAUAGAUUGGCUUAUUUUAAAGUAAGUGAUGUUAGUUUUCAUGAGGUUGAAAAAGUUCUUGAUGUUAAAAGACAGGCUAUAACUGGUUGGUUAAAUGUGAAGGGGAAAAUAAAUGAGUCUAGAGAUUUAAAAAAUGACAAUAUGAAGGUACCUGAUGAUUUAAUUUAUAUCGAUUUGCCAAUCACAAAAGAAAAUUUAACUAAUUUAAAUCACCAAGAAAAUAAGUAUUUUUCUAUGUGUUUAGGAUAUUUUGAAUUAGAAGAAGAAUCAAUUGAAAAAUCUGGACCUUUUAUUAAAAGAAGAGUCAGUAAAAUUAAUCUAAAGUCUACUCCUUUUGCACCUUCUAUUGAAUCUUUUAAUUUGAUUAAGUAUGAGUAUAUUAAAAUGGAGCCUAAUGAUUAUAUCCUGGUUAACGACGACAUAAAUGAUAAGACUGAUAAUAUUCUUGAUGUUUUUAUAUUUAUGGAUGAUUAUGAUAAUCUAAUAAAAGUUCAUGAUUCUGACAUUAGUUAUAUUAGUGCUGAACAAUUUACUUUACUUUAUGGAUUAAGAAACGGAAAAGUAUUUUCUAUUAAUAAUAUUAAUAAAGAAGUAAAGUUUAUACAUAUGAUUUAUGAACUGAUGUAA